CGUCCCUGAAGGCAGCAGGGGAUGAGGAAGGCACCCUGGCAACGCUGUCACUAAGCUAGCUAGCGUUAACGUUAUCCGUGUACUGUGUAGGCUUCUGCUUUGUCAACAUGCUCUUACAUGGUAAUCCAGCCUAUCUAACUUUUAAUCUUAACAUCGCAGCUUCCUCAAAAGCCUGUUAACAAAAUGUGUGAUGGAGUUUUAUUUUAACGAGCCAAGCUAGCCUUUCGUCGUAGCUACACAAUAAGUCGGACCAGCUAACCUGAACGAGUUGUUGUUAGCAUUUAGCUUCUAGCUUCGGUGAAUAUGGCGAUUGUCUCCGGCUCCUGUGCCCGGGUGAACGGCUCCAGGAAUGGGCCUUCUGUGUCAGCGACGCCGUCCGGAUCCGUGGGACAAUCUCAGCCCAUGAUAGCGGUGUGGGAAUGGCAGGACGACCAGGGCUACUGGAGGCCUUACAGCGGCCAGGUGAGCGCCUACAUCGAGCGGUGCCUGUCGCCGCGGGGACACCGAGGAGGAGGACCCGGCUCGACGAGCAUCUGCCUCGGACAGUCAGACCCAAGCCUGUCGCCUUAUCUCAUCGACAUACCAAGCUUGAAACAGUUCCGGCAGGACACAGGAAAGACACGCUCAGUACGUCGGUCCCUGUUUGCCCAGUCCUCAGGCCUAGGCAGUGGCGUUUACUGGGAGUGGGUCAACGAUGAAGGCGGUUGGACUCCAUAUGAGACUCGAACCUCUAUCCUUUUGGAGCACAGCUACCAGGCCCGACAAGGCACGGCAGACCUGGGCCCGCACGGAUACAAUUACAUAGUGGAUCUCACGUCUCUCACCCAAGUGAACAAAUCCUCGGGUUUCAGGCGGCAGGUGCGACGGCAGUGUAACCUACCCUACCCGCUCGCCUCCUUCGGCCCCCCGGCCAUCCCCUCGGCCCCCGCCUGCUCCUGCCAGCAGUGUUUGAGUCACAGCAGUACGGGACCCAUUCCCAGCCGUUCGCGUCAUUCCUUCUCGUCGGGCAGCCUGAACCGGCCCAGCCUUCAAGGGACGGGGAGGGCUGCUGCUGCUCACCCUACUUCUGUCUACUCGCCGUACCCCAGGAGACCCCUCUCUGUCGGGGGCAUGUCCUGGGGCAGUCCCUGGCCACCACCGGCCUCUGGUAGUCAACUGUCUGUAGCACCGCUUCUUACCAGCUCUACCAGUGCCAACGGGUUAAGUGUUCCUUCCAUCUCUGUGCAGCUGAAUGGAUCCACCAGUGUGAGCUCUGCCCUGGCAGGCAUGGCCUCCAUUUUGAUGUCAGCAGUUGGACUCGGCGUGCACUUCACCACUGCCCCUCUCCCUCAGCAGCAGCAGCAGCAGCAGCAACAGCAGCAGCUACAGCAGCUACAGCAGCCACAGCCUCAGCAGCAGCCUGCUCCUUUCUCUCUUCCUCCUCCUCUCCUCCCCCCAGCCAGCAGGCCCAGCAAGCCCCACAGCAGCAGCAGCAGCAGCAGCAGCAGUUCAGUUAGGAGAGCAAAGAGACAGCACAGGAGAGCCUCUGCUCAGAGACCUGAGGAUGUGAUUCAGCGCUACAUGGAGGUAGUGGCCGGAGUUCCAGAUGAGGACUGUAUUAUCUGCAUGGAUCAACUGUCAAAUCCAUCCGGCUAUGAGAUGCCGUCAACAGAUGAGGGCGGCCCGAGCAUCCUGCCAGACACUGUGGGGAAAUUCAUCAAAUGUGGACACACCCUGCACAUGCUCUGCAUGCUCGCCAUGUACAACAAUGGAACAAAGGAUGGCAGUCUGCAGUGCCCCUCAUGUAAGGCAAUCUACGGAGAGAAGACCGGCACCCAGCCCAAAGGCAAGAUGGAAAUUUACAGUGUCGCCCAGUCGCUGCCGGGCCACCCAGACUGUGGCACCAUUCAGAUCAUCUACAGUAUACCACCUGGCUUACAGGGCCCGGAGCAUCCUAAUCCUGGACAGCCGUACACCUGUAGAGGUUUCCCUCGCUUCUGUUUUCUACCAGACAACGACAAGGGCAGGAAGGUUCUGGAGCUGCUGAAGGUGGCGUGGAUGCGCCGCCUCAUCUUCACCGUGGGAACGUCCAGUACCACCGGAGAGCCCGACACGGUGGUGUGGAACGGGAUUCACCACAAAACCGAGAUGAUGUCCAACUUGUCGGGCCACGGCUACCCAGACCCCAACUAUCUGGACAAUGUUCUGUCUGAGUUGGCCUCUCAGGGCGUGACAGAGGACUGCCUCAAACCUCUGGGGGGCGGCGGCGGCAGCAGCUAGGUCACGGCUCCGAGCGUCGCGCGCACUUCCACUAACUGCUGACCCACCCAGUUACAAUCCAUCAACAUCCACCUCUUUUUCCAGCUGGACUUUCUGCAACCUCAGUCUGUUAUUAAGUAAUGUCAGCGUCCGCCUGAAGCUCAAUGAGUGAGCAAACAGGAAGAAAGUGAGCAGAAUAAAGGUUUCUCUGGAAGAAGAGAAAAGAGCGUUAUAUUGAGCUAAGAGGAAAAUGUGGCUCCUGUUACUCUAAAAAACCCCUUUCACACAUGUACUGCAACCCUGAAGUUAUCCAACAUUAUAAACCUGUAUGUGAGAACGCACAUGUCCAAAUCACUCAAACCGGACAUUAAACGGAUUUUACUCGGCUAGCUCUCUAGUGUGAAAUCCGUGUAAUGUCCGAUUGAGUUCAUGUGUAAAUAAAGCAGGCCGUUUACUGAGAAUUCCCAGUGAGCGAGCAAACGGGUGUGUCAGUGACAUUUCUAUCAUGUGACUGGCAAGAAACUGAAAUAAUAGAAAUAUCCGAACGUGAAGAAAAAAGAUUAAUUUACACAAAGACGACGUCGUCAGACAAAUUCAAGCAAUGCCAAGAGCCUCGCUUGUUUAUGAGCAAAUUAUGAACUGGUUACAUGACUGUGCAUACUUUUUAUUUUAAGAUGGUCUACAGUAACUGGCAGAGAGGCCGACAGGAAACAGGGAGAGAGAGAGAGAGAGAGAGAGAGAAAGGGGAAUGAUCUGCAGCAUUGGUCCCAAAGACGUGGCGACUAUGUGGCAUGCGCUCUAACCACUUAACCCACCAGGGUGCGCCGACUGAGCAUACUUUUAAUGUUACAUCCCGCCUCCUGCACGCUCUACCUUGGCGCCUCCCCUCGCCUAAACUAAACCGAGUAUUUCCAGUACAAUCUCCCAUUGCUACAUGUGUGAAAGGGGAAACUCCAGACAAUAUCCGGAACCGAUUCUCCGGACAUUUUCUGGAGUUGAUACGUUAAAACAAGCGUGAGCCUCUUUUUAUCAAAGCUCUACUAACUGGGGACUGUGUUUUUUUGUUUUAUUUUCUUUUAAUGUUUAUUUUUUUGGCAUCAAGAGACUCAUCUGCAUCCCCUCUUCUUCCAGUUACCAUGAGUAUGGCAGCUCACACUUGGGGAGGGGGGGGGAUUAAAAUCUCAUGAAGCACUUUAGUUCUGACGGUGCAUUUAGCUGACGAAGACGUGUGAUUUCCGGUAAAAGGGCAGUUUACUUGUUUUUCGGAUUGGGAAGUUAUGCAAUUGAAAUGUUUCUGCUGAUAAACCUUUGUGUUUUCGCCACAAAGACACACUGAAACUUCUAGUAGCAAAGUGAUAUUAGCCCUUUUUGAUGAGAAGAGGCAAUACUUUACAGUUGUAAAUAAAUAACAAAAAAAACAAACGUGAAUUAAACAAAAAUAAUGUAAAAAAAAAAAAAAAAAGAAGAAGAAAUGUUGUGUCAACAAAUGCCAGUCAAGGAGAAUAGAAUUGUGUAUUUUUUAGCAUUUAACACUACUUCUAAUUUGACCAUCUAUUGGUUCAUUUUAAUCUGAUUUGAUAAGCGGAUGUCUAAUGCACUCAUGGUGAUUUUUUUUCAUGUUUUGAAUCUACAGUAACGAUGCCGCGGAGCAUUCAGGCAUCGAUUCUGUCAUUCAAUACGUCACAGUUUGUGUAUGUGAGAAGGGACAAAUCCUAUAUAUAUAACUUGACCACCUCAAUCCUUUUCGUCCGAAUAGAUGGGACGGACUGUCGAGAUGUUAAAAAAAAUAAAGAAGAAGAAAUAAAAAAACUCUGGUUAAGAAUAUUCUACAUUGUGACAAUCAACGUCAUCAAACUCUCGUCUUGAUUAAACAAGACACGUGAAGCCGCGGCGAGCUCGUUAACGCUCCCGCCGGCUGUGAAACUCACCUCCUGUAUUCACAUGCAUUAUUCUGCUCACAGUACUGCUGCACAGUUGCUGAACUGAGUCUUGAGACGACAUGUAUACGAGCAAAACUGAAAAGAAAAAAAAAAAGUCUGCAAUAAAGAACUAAAAGUAAAAUGAA